CAAAUUUGUUUACCUCGCAGUCACGGUUACUUUCGAAAACCGGUGAAAUUGUUCCGACAUUGAUCGUUGGCUCUCGUAACAUGGUUAAAGUGUUGAAAGAAUGUUUUUUGAAACCUCUAUCGGAUCGCCAUGCGCCUAUUCGCAUCGAGUCGGAAAGAAAGUUUGUUGGUCGAAGCCCUGAAACACUUAUCCAGGAUCCGUGCUGUUCUCGUCAACAAGUUUGUUUGAAGGCUAACUUCAAAGAUGGUUACGUUCUGGUAAAAUGUUUGGGAUCUAAUCCAUCUGUUCUUAACGGUAAACAGUUGGAGAAGAAUUUAGGAUAUGAAGCAUUUGAUGGUGAUAUUUUGGAAUUACUUCCGGGCAAUCAUCAGUAUACAUUUCAAUUCACGUUUGAACAGAAGGAGGCCAAGGAAAAAGAAAUCAGAAAUAUGAAGCAGGACGACAAAGUGAAAAAAGAACAAAAGAAUUGUCACAAAGACAAAAAAGAAAAAACGAUAAAAUACGACGAUCAGAUCCAUCAUGCGGAUAAUAAAGACAAACGAGAUUCGCAUAAACGGAGUUUGUCUAAAACAGAGUCGACCCAUAGUCGAGAUGAAUCACAAAAUAAAAAGAUACGGCUUCAAGAGAAACAUAUCGGAAACGAAGGUAGCUCACGACUUGUGGAAGCCAACAAUAGUUUUCAAAUACCAACAAAAUCUCAAGGUAAUAAAUGGGAGGACAUUGAUUCCAAACAGCUAUACAUUUUUACUAGUAAAGAUAUGAUGGCUUCGGAAAAAAUUGCCGCCUACGAUAUGGACGGUACAUUAAUUAAAACGAAAUCAGGAAAUGUAUUUCCAAAAACGAUCGAUGAUUGGCAAAUUGCUUUCCCUGAAGUGCCGGGAAAACUAAAAUCGUUGUCCAAAAACGGAUUUAAAAUUGUAAUCUUUACAAAUCAGGCAGGUAUUUCGAAAGGAAAACUGAAGAUCGAAGAUUUUCGAAAAAAGAUUGAAGCAUUGCAGUCCAAGUUGAACGUUCCGAUGCAAGUUUUCAUCUCUACAGGCAAAGGAAAAUAUCGAAAACCUCUGAUGGGCAUGUGGGACACUUUAUGUCAGCUAUACAAUGACGGUAUAAAUGUAGACAAAGCAAAAAGCUUUUAUGUCGGUGAUGCUGCCGGGCGACCAGCGAUGAAAAAACCGAUAAAACGAAAAAAGGACCAUUCCUGUGUUGAUCGUCUAAUGGCAUUGAAUGUAGGAAUAUCGUUUCUAACACCAGAAGUUCACUUUCAAAAUGGCAAAGAUUGUGACUGGAUGAAACCAGAAUUCGAUCCUAAAGCAUUCGUAACUAGAGAUCUCUUGUCUCCAGCUGGAAGUAAAUUACUAUCCUCCGAUCCAGAAGUAAUUGUAAUGGUUGGCUUUCCCGGUUCUGGUAAAAGCUUUUUUGCUAAAGUGAAUCUUGAAACUAAAGGCUAUGUUUUAAUCAACCGAGACACUUUGGGUUCUUGGCAAAAGUGUGUUUCGCUGUUGGAAAGUACUCUACGAAGCGGAAAACGAGUGGUUGUAGAUAAUACUAAUCCCGACGUUGAAAGUAGAAAACGGUUCGUUGAUAUCGCAAGAAAAAUGAACGUUCCUUGUAGAUGCUUUGUAAUGACUGCGAAUUACAAACAGGCUAAACACAACAAUGUUUUUCGGGAGCUAACAGACAGAUCGCACUCCUCGAUAUCCGAUAUGGUAUUUAAUGUGUACAAGUCCAAAUUUCAGGAACCAUCCUUGGGAGAAGGCUUCAAAGAAAUUGUUAAGGUGAAUUUUAUACCAAAAUUCAAUUCUGAUGCUGACGAAAAGUUAUACAAAUUAUAUUUGUUAGAGAGUUAAUGAACUUAUAUCAUUCUACGCAAUUACAAUCGAACUAAAAUUACUUUUUACAAAAGAGUUCGUUGAAAAUUAGUCAUACAAUCGUGUCAGCUUGCUCAAAAAUGUAAUAAAAAAAUUUUCUGUUCGUACAUUAUUGUUCCAGUGCCAA